GCUUCGCUAGAAAGUGGAAGCUGAGCCAUGUCCAUGGCGUCGUCUUCUUCUCUUGCGACCCAAUCCUUUUAUACUUCAUUUCCUCUACCUCACCGACUUCACUUCCAUGAACCAUAUCUUCUUCUUCGCUCUUCACUUUAUCGAAAACCCAUUCUUUGUCUCUCUGCUAGUUCUUCCCCAUCGUCAUCUUCUUCUUCUUCCAUUUUCCUCUCCUGCUUCGAUGACCCUUUACCAGAUAAGAUUCAACAACCAGAAAAUUCGACAAAUAUUAACCAAGAAGAUGAAGAUGAAGAAGAAGAAGAAGAAGGAGAUGAUUCCACAGACCCAAUUCUUAAAUUCUUCAAGUCACGAACUUUAACAUCGGAAUUGACCCAAGACCCAGCUCGUGAAUCCAAAUUCUCCCUCCAGAAGAAUCGUCGAACUUCGUGGCGCUUGGCUUCAGACUUCGCUGACCCCGGAACGGAGAUCGAUUCCGAGCCUGAGGAAUCCGUCUCUGUGACAAACCAACAAACACUUGGUGUGCAUACUCCAUUCGAAAGUGGCGUCGCUGGGGAAAUCCUGGAACUUGCUAAGAAUUUGAAAGAGAAUCAAACUUUGGGAGAGAUGUUAUCAGGUUUCGAAAGAAGGGUUAGCGAAACAGAGUGUGUAGAGGCAUUGGUGAUGAUGGGUGAAUUUGGUUUUGUGAAGAGUUGUUUGUAUUUCUAUGAGUGGAUGAGUUUGCAAGAACCUUCCCUUGCUUCACCUCGUGCUUGUUCUGUGUUGUUUACAUUGCUCGGUAGAGAAAGAAUGGCUGAUUAUAUUCUGCUUCUGCUAAACAAUUUACCAGACAAGGAAGAGUUCAGAGAUGUUCGUCUCUACAAUGCCGCCAUUUCUGGGCUUUCAGCUUCUCAAAGGUUUGAUGAUGCUUGGGAAGUGUAUGAAGCAAUGAAUAAGAUCAAUGUUUAUCCGGACAAUGUUACAUGUGCGAUAAUGAUCACAACCAUGAGGAAAGCAGGACGAAGUGCGAAAGAAGUUUGGGAGAUAUUCGAGAAGAUGAGUGAGAAAGGUGUGAAGUGGAGUCAGGAUGUUUUCGGUGGCCUUGUGAAAUCGUUUUGUGACGAAGGGUUAAAAGAAGAAGCUCUUGUGAUUCAAACAGAGAUGGAGAAGAAAGGUAUCCGUUCAAACACGAUUGUGUAUAAUACGUUGAUGGAUGCUUACAACAAGUCCAACCGCAUAGAAGAAGUGGAAGGACUUUUUGAAGAAAUGAAAGCUAAAGGCUUGAAACCUACAGCUGCGACUUAUAACAUUCUUAUGGAUGCUUAUGCUAGAAGGAUGCAGCCUGAUAUUGUUGAGACACUUCUGCGGGAGAUGGAGGAUUUAGGUUUAGAGCCAAAUGUGAAAUCGUACACGUGUUUGAUUAGUGCGUAUGGGAGGACGAAGAAGAUGAGUGAUAUGGCUGCUGAUGCUUUCCUGCGGAUGAAAAAAGUAGGUUUGAAACCUUCUUCACAUUCUUACACAGCUCUUAUUCACGCUUACUCGGUUAGUGGGUGGCACGAAAAAGCUUAUGCUUCCUUUGAAGAGAUGUGUAAAGAGGGGAUUAAACCAUCGGUUGAAACAUACACAUCACUUCUCGAUGCAUUCAGACGAUCUGGUGACACUGAAAAGCUGAUGGAAAUUUGGAAACUAAUGUUGAGAGAAAAAAUCAAAGGGACACGGAUAACAUAUAACACUCUUCUCGAUGGGUUUGCCAAGCAAGGACUCUACAUUGAAGCAAGGGAUGUUGUUUCUGAGUUUAGUAAAAUGGGUUUGCAGCCAAGUGUUAUGACUUACAAUAUGCUGAUGAAUGCCUACGCACGGGGAGGACAAGAUACGAAAUUGCCACAGCUUUUGAAGGAAAUGGCUGCUCUUAACUUAAAACCUGAUUCCUUCACAUAUUCAACCAUGAUCUAUGCGUUUGUUCGUGUUAGAGACUUCAAAAGGGCAUUCUUUUACCACAAGAUGAUGGUUAAAAGCGGGCAAGUACCAGACCCGAGGUCCUAUGAGAAACUUAGGGCGAUUCUGGAAAACAAGGUAAAGACAAAGAACAGAAAGGAUAAGACUGCCAUUCUUGGUUCAUAUAGAGUUUUGGACAUCGAUUACGCAUAUCAGUCCAUAACGCUGCAUGAUCCUCACAUGUCGACCUGCGAAACCAUCGUGCUUGGCGGCAAAGGGAAUGGCUUUGAAGCUGAGGAUUGGAGAGCUCCUUAUUUCAAUCCUACAUCAGAUAAUGUGUUUAUGUUGAUCGGAUGUUCUCCUAAAUCUCCUAUAUAUCAAGGCUUCCCGGAAAAGAAAGUGCCGUGCCGCAACAUCUCUGGAAUGAGCUGCGAAGAAUACAUGUCAUGUCCAGCAUGGGACAUGGUCGGAUACAGACAAGGUAUACAUUCCGGGUCAGGUCCGCCCAUGUGUUGUGCGGUCGGGUUCGAGUCAGUAAAAGCGAUUAAUCUAAGUAAGUUGGAGUGUGAAGGAUACAGUAGUGCAUAUAAUCUAGCACCCUUGAAGCUUAGAGGACCCUCUGAUUGGGCUUAUGGGAUACGUGUUAAGUACGAGCUCCAAGGAAGUGAUGCGUUUUGUCGUGCGUGUGUUGCAACUUCUGGGACUUGUGGUUAUGAUGAAUCUGCUGAUGGUGGAGGGCUUAGACAUGUUUGCAUGUGUGACAACCAUAAUUCCACUACAAACUGUGAUUCAGUUAUACCACCAGCCGGUGCAUCAUCAAGUGUUCGACCAAAAACUAUCGGAUCACUGAUCCUCUACUUCAUAGCAAUGAACAUAGGCUUACAGAGAAGACAAUGAUGAGUUACCCAUUGUUAAUUAAAAUCGAACUAAGACU